UUUUUCUUAGUUUGGCAAGUUGAUUGAUACAAGCGCGGGAAAUAUGUUGAAUCGCUGAACGUGAUAAGAGUGAGAUGACUACACGCUUGCUACAGUUAUUGCGUGUAGAAUACAGCAUUAUUAAUUUCAUAUCACAAUGAGCGCGAAACUUGAUAGCUUGCUCGAGCAAAAGAACCGAAAACAACUGCGUGAAUUUGUACACGAGACAGUGACCGAGGAGCUCGCCAAAAUUAUAUCUAACAGAAUUUGCAACUCGGACUUUUCUAAAGUACUGGACGAGAUCUUGCUGGUGUGUUCAGAGUCUGAAAGUCUUCACUCAAAGAGACUCAAGCUGGUGGAGUCUGCCUUGAAAGCUUUGUGCAAGGCCGAGGUCUCGAUCAGUCAUGCGAAUGACGUUGUAAAUCGUAUAGUGAUCGAUUUCCCCAGAUAUCCAAAAUUGCACCUAAUUAAAUUGGUCGAAUUUUGUCUCGCUAGUAUCCGCAAUAACAAUGAUGAGUUCAGAAGCUGGAAGGAUCUGUUGCCUACUCUGUUGGAGAUAUUGGAGGAAGAGAAGUAUAUUAAUCACAUGAAUGGUGAAGUUUCCGGCUCUAAGUACAAAUCUAUUGUCGUUAACAAUAUAUGCAACAGCGAGUGGGAUACAAAGAUCAUGCCGUCGUUGGCAAAAAUGUUCAGAGACAUAUCUUUAGAGAAGGAGGAUCAUACUACGGUGAUCUCUGUACUCUGCACAAGACUGCAGAAUAUACCCCUCGAGGAAGUGCCUCCUUUCGUACACCAGUCGUUGAGAUUAUGCACCAAUCAGGACAGCAAAUAUCUUCUGGAGGCAUUACACAGAUAUUUUAUGCUACAAUUCUCACGAGCUAAUUCUGAUGAUACGGACACGUUUGAGACUAUAGACAUGGUGAAUCCGAAGGAAGUGCAGGAUAUUGAAAGCACAGUAUUGUAUCACAUAUAUCAGGCAGCGCAGUUGAAUCAUCAGCACGUAAGAGAUUACAUAAAGUAUUUCAAGACUGUAUCAUUUGCUCCCGAAAGUAUAUUGGAACCAUUUAUGCUGUCUGUGUUGCUCAUGGUCGCUUCUAUUGAUGAGAAUCAGAUCUUUGAAAUGUUACGAGCAGUGAUUAACAAACAAAACGAAAGCGACGACAAACGGAAAAACAGCGCAUGGUUGAGACAACUGAUCCCCGAUUCUUGUAGCAUGAUGACUGUCAUGGGAAACAUCAUUGAUGUGAGCAACAGGGAUCGGCAUUUGGUGUUGAAAGGACUUGUGGAUCUUGCAUUUAUCUUGAUGGCCGCAGAGAACAAGUCGAAGACAGGCACGCAUCCUUCCUGGCAACUUGGCACGAAGGUACUUCAGAAAAUUAUGAAGAAACAUCACGAGACGGUCGCCACCGUGUUCCAGACAUUGAUUGACAAGAUAAUUGGGGGUGGAUUAUGUAUUUCGCAAUAUACCGAUUGCCUAGCUUAUAUGUGCCAUAAGUUGACAGUGCUAGUACUGGAUCACCAGGAAUCUGUGAUAAUCCUUCUCGAUCAGAUCUCGUCUAUACCCGGAGAAGUAGCCAUUUUCGUCGUUUCCGCGAUAUUUCCAUUGAUACAAGUCUCAGUCAGCCUUAGAGAGCACUUGACCCUAACGCUGAGAAAGACUCUCUAUAGGAAAGGUACGUUCAAUCGACAAAUGGCGGUCAGCGGGAUCCUAGAGAUGCUGAAGAAUCUGAAAAUGCACUCUCUGAGCAGCCUCGCGAUGAGCUCGAGCCAGUACGUCAAUUCGUCGACCGGCACAAGUUCCACGUCCAUCUUAACUCAGGUAACGUUAGAGAGAGGCACUCAGACGGGAUCUGCUUUGGGAUACAACAGAUCUCUGUGCUACGACAUAUUAGGAAUUUUGAGGAAGUGUUUCACUCACGAAUGCGAAGUUCGGUUGCACCUGUACAACGGUUUAUAUGAAGCUGUGUUGAGGAAUAUUGAGAUAGCGGAGUACAUAUUGGAAAUGUUACUGCCGCACUUCAAAGUGUACUUCGAGCCGGACGAGAAUAUCCUGAUACCAGCCAAGCUGGAACUGUGCACGGCUGUGCAAGGGGAGCAAGUUGUGCUGCAAGAACCUCUGGCAGAGCUAAUAUUCGUGCUACAAAAGAUAUACAUCAAGGCAGCCUUGGUGAAGUCGUCCCUUAUAGAUGAACUAGCGAUGAUCCUGGAAUCCCUUUGCAGGCGGAUGCCGCGGCUUGACACGGAACACUUGAAUCUGGACGACAGGCUUGACUUGAGCAGCUCCAACACGAAGACCCAAGAAAAAGUGCAGAAUGUUUUGCUAAUAAUCAAGAUCUACGAGGCUCUCAUGGCUUACAGAAUUGGUGCCUGGUCCGUGGACAGCACGGACACCGCGCAAAGCGUUAUAAGUUUGUUCAAAGGAUAUACGAGAUUCGUUGAAGUUACCAAGCAUGCGCCAAAAGUGAAAAAGGGAGAGGGCAAGAAUAAAAAGACGCAAACUGACGUAAACAAUACACCUGUAAGGAAAGCAGGUCGGCCGAGCCAGAUGAAACUGUCGCCCAGCAUCAUCGGCCUGUCCACGGUGUGCAAGAGCCUGUCACUUUUCUAUCUAAAAUCUGCUUCUUGGGCGACCACGGAUCAAGCGGCCGUUCUGGUGGAAUACCAUGAUUUCUAUCAUUACAUCCUGCGAACGCUGUUGCAAAUCUUGCACAACGUCAAACUCCUGACGGAGUACAAUUUACGGAAACACAAGGGACAGCACAUGAAGACCUACUUCGAAAUUGGAAAAUUAUUGUACGAUCACAUCAUGCUGAAUUUGAAGAAAGCCCUUGAUAAGGACGAACCGGGAACUAUACUGGCAUUGGAAUGCUUCAAAGAAUUGUGCUGCUUGGUCUGCACGUACUUCGCUUCCGAAUUGCCGCAAUUUCUCGGAGCUAUUGUCACCAAUAGGCUGAACCAGGCAGAAACUCUCAACGGACUGUUAGAGAACGUGACUGCUGCUUUAAGGGCGAGUUUCCGGACGUUCUUCAACGAGAAAGAGGAACACGAGGAGAACUCCAAGAAGAUACUCAGUAUAUUAUUGGACGUUAUACGUCAACUGACGCAAGAAAUCAACUUUUAUGAAACGGAUGGUGAUGAGGUGUUCGAUUCGAUGAUGAAAUUCACGCAAUUGGAAAAUAUGGAUCCUCAGGCUUCUCUGACCAUCUUCCAAAUUUUGCUGUGGAUAGAAGAGCAUAAGAAAGAGUACGGAGAAUUGCUAAAUGAUAUCGCUCUUGCAUUGUGCGAGAAAGUGGGUAGCAUCGACAAGGCUGAGGUAACGGUGAACAACAAAUUCAAAAUCGUCUACGAGGAGACAGCGACGCAGCUCUACAGUUUGGUAAACAACUCGCUGAAAGAGAAGCUGGAUAAUGUGUCGUGGUUGCUGGUGCGACUUAAAGCCGAGCAAAAUAUAGCUUACCUGCCUGGCACGGAUCUCGAAGCACAUCAAGAGAAACUGAGAACGCAGGAACGUAGCUUGUGCAGGCAACUGUCGCACAUUAUACAAAUACUUUAUACAUUAGCCAACGUUGCUAUCAAACCGGGACCGUCCACGGACUUCAUGUUCAGGAAUCUACAAAUCGUGUACAAUGUCCUUAGUAAUCUUACGAAAUACUUUUAUGGCAAGUCCAAUAAACAAAAUGCAGCGUUUCAAUCAAUCAAAUUUGUUCAAGUGAUUCAAUUCGCCGGGAAACCGCUGAAGUCCGCAUUUUACAACUUAAUAACGCAUACAGAGGAGAACCAAAAUGCGUCGAAACGUAAAGCUGAUUCGCACAUGCAGAGGAACAAGAUUCUGAAGGAGACCAAGAUCAUACCGCGCGUGGUAUACGAAAUUGAACAAUUUCACAAGGAGGUUUUAUCACUGGACAAAAAGACCGGCGUUCCGCUCGAGACUUACAUCAAACACAGCGUGACGCGCGAUUUUCGUAUAAAGAACACACAACUGACGGAGGCGCUGGAGAGAAUGGAUAUAAGUAUGCUGGACACGCAGAAUUCCCGCCGCGGUAAUGACACGUCCAAUACGAGCGUAAACGAUGUGUCUCUGGAUUUAUCCAUGAGAUCGCCAUCCGCGAAGCGUUCCAGAAGAUCGUCGGAGAGUUGAAGACACGCAGUGCCUCAAAGAAUCGAGGACGCCUUCACUCUUUGUAUUAUUUUAAUAUGAAAUUUACAUCUAUACAUUUUUUUUCUUGUUUUUUGCUUCUACAUUUUAUUAAAGCUUUUUUUAUAGCUCCGGUUACAUUACGAGCCGUUAAUGAAAAAUCAGCGCAUUUAUUAAAUAUAAAUAUUCUGUUGUUAUAUAGUUUACUCACAAAACAUGUUACCGCUUCCGUUAUCACAUUAAUUAUAAUAGAAUCAUAAUUAUAAUAGAAUCAUAAUUAUAAUAGAAUCAUAGCUCGUCCCGUUUGCGUUUCCCUUUUCGAACAUGUUUACGUACGAUGUUAUUGUAUUGUUCCUAAGAUAAAACUCUAUCAUUUGAAGUUGUGUUAAAUACAUUACGCGACAAAGUC